CUUGAGUGUUGGAUGGUUAAGUGCUGCACGUCAGAUUAGUGCUCGGAAUUAGAAGUGAAAAAUUCCUCUUUCAAGUGGAAAAAAUGUGCUCCUAAAUGUCGCAAAUCUUAACCCGAGCGUCUCUGGUUAGUGUUUUACGUAUUGGAUCGGCCCGUGCUGCCGUGGAUCGGUAAGGUGAGGAGCUGUAGAAGAAGUGGUGGGCAAGAUGUCCUCGACAACAGCUGGCAGCUUAAGUUCGAUUCCCCCGUCGAUAAUUCUGUCCAACGGAGGUAAGCAACCGAAGUUCGAAGCAAAACCGGGGGGGUUGGGUAGCAAAGUUAUGACGGCGAGUGCCGGACCUGCAGCUGGGCAGACAAAAAACCCAAAAAACAUGCCCAGCUCCGGUGACAAGCAUGAAUCGUGGCAGAUGGAACUGCUGAUGGAGCGCCUCCGGAGUAAAGCCAAGUCGUCACAGUACAAAUCCUUCCAGGAGAUGUCCAAAUCGGUGCGGAUGUCUUUAUUGGAAAAACGGUAUGCCUUAGAUGCAGUGGAAAAAUCGAAUUUGCAGAAAACGCUAGAUAGUAUGCAGUACUGUAUUAAAGUGACAUCCCGGCAGGGAUUAGUAGAACGUUUAGAUUGUCUGACUAGGCAACUUGGCCUAAAACUAAGCGAAGACACAUCGGGAUUGUUCAUCUCUUCUGACAUGUUUUAUCUGGAGAUAAUACUCGAUAGCAAUGGAACAGUUCAGGACGUUAAGGUGCAUCACGAGUGCAAGAUGCGACAGCAAAGCUGUAGCGAACUCGUGUCCUGUCUGCAGCGCGGUGAUUUCGCGGAUUUUACAACGCAGCUCGAGGGUUUGGCGUCUAUCUACCAGCUAAAUGCGGAGAAAAAGAUUAAAGUAAACGCUUUCGUUGCGCUGCAAGCGCUCGAGACCGAUCUGUACUACUUGUACUCGUUGUCUAUGCAACAUUUUACCGAUAUUCAUACGUUGCUGUUGAAGUCACCGCUUGGAAUAGUGCAGAAACGACGUGGCGGUCAUGCGAUGAAGCUGAUUUAUUUCGUUGCGCCGUACGAUUUGCUUGACCUGGAGGGACGGACGAUGAAACCGCUGAACACGGAAACCAUUUCCGCGGAGAAAGUCGGCCAUAGUGUGGCGGUCAAUUUGGAAGCUUCGACUGCCAAUAAAUUGCAGAUUCAGCCGUUGCUCGUACAGCAGGGUAACUCGCCUGUUUAUAGUCCAAUAGAGAAGCACAACUCGACUUCGCUACCGGCUACCUUUGUACUGAGGCUAAACAAACCGAUGGCACUGAACGCUGCAGUGUUGAAGCAGAUCAGGUUAAUAACCGGGGAUGGGGCGACGGUUCCGACUUUGACCUGUCUGAUGAGCUUGAUUGUCGAGCAUGCAUCGAACGGCGUGGUGACGGACAUUGCUAAAGGGCUGUUCGUGACACUGCCCGAUCAGUAUCAUUGUUAUUACAUGACGGUCAACAGGAAUCUUCAGGGAUCGAUUGUAAGCAGUAUUCCGUUCACUGAACCGCAGCACGUGUCCAAAAUUCUGGUUCUGUUGCGACAGCAAGCGCUCUUCAAUCAGCUACUGACCAGCUGCAUUAGAAACAACGGAGCCAGCAAUACACGCAUCAGCGAUUACGAGAGUUUGCUGGUGUUCGAGGUGUCCGCGCUAUCGUGCCAAUAUAUAACCGUUUCUCUGGAGCAUCCAUAUGAGGAGUCGUUAGCCAUGGUCGAAUUUGAUUUGCGGGACAUUCUUGCCAUUCAAGUGCGGGUGUUUUGCAAUGGAUACGAAAGUGACGAGCAGAUUGCCGGAAGGGUGGCGCUGAUUGUACAGCGUACGAUGUCGAUUCCGGUCACAUUACGAGCGCUGAUACGUAUCUGGGGAGAAGAGUACGAGUCCAAGUUCAAGGGCAAGCUGGGUUUGGUGGCUGCUAUUUGUGGUGGCGGUGGUGGUAGUGGCGGUAGUGGUGGUGCAGGCAGUGCGAACGGAAAUGGUAGCACUAGUAUGGAUGAAGGAAAUUUUAGUUUAUCCCUGGGUCCUGAUGAAGGUGGUGGGAGUGGUCCCGGUGGAACCGGUGGGGGAAACAGCGGACCAGGCAUGAAUGGCAGCCUGAACGGGGGAGGAAGUGGAAUGCUGAUGCAUCAGGAGUUCUGCGAUGCCGGAAGGGUUAAACUGGAACCGGUUGAUCAACCGAAACGACCACGUGGAGAGGAGGAUUUUUGUAGAAGCCCAAAGAGUAACAAGGUACCUGGAGAGGAAGACCUCGAUGAGCAAGACGAUGAUGAUGAUGAAUAUGACGAGUCCACUAAUUUAAGCAGUGGCGACUCGAACAACUCUUUGGGUGGAAUUCAGAUAAACUUGGCACAUCAUCAAAAAUCAUCAUCAUCGCCAAACAUUGGACACUCCGAUGAGAUCACAGGUGGGGUGCCCUCAAUGUUGGGACGUUUGGAUUUUUCCCACCUGGAUCCCGAUUUGAUGCGAUCAUCGAACAGUUCCGACCUGGACGAUAAUGAGGAAGUGGGUGAAAAUAGUAUUAAGCUGAUGAGUUCCACUGUUACGGAUGACAAACACUCAUUCUCAUCGACUUCGACGGUUAGCAUUACUCCAAUUGCUAUUGGCAAACAGCUGCAAAACAGCGCCGCAAAUUCCGUCCUAAACAAUAUAGGUCUAGAUAAACGACCGGGCAUCGAGAUCAUUCCGUUAGCGAAUGCGGGAGGAGUGGCUGGCACGUCUUCGGUUACCAUUACUCCACUACCGGUGAAAAGUAGUAAUAGCGAGAGGAAAUUUAACGAGGCCAGCUUGCUUCGAAAGAGUAGCAGCAGCAGUGGCAGCGAAUCCGAUCGAGUUAAGCUAGAAAAGAAAAAAAAGCGCAAACAUGAAGAGCAAUAUCUGGCACAGCUGCAGCAGAUGGGACCGCCUCAUAAAAUACCCUCGAAAGGCUCAGAUGCACCAGCAUCCCCAUCUGGCACCGGAAGCAGCCGAAAAUUUUCAAUUUCGCCCAUCCCUUCCAAGAGCAUGGGAGGCUCGGGGCAGAUACUUCUGGCGGGUGGAAGUCCUAGCCAAACAGCCAAGUCUAGCCCGAAGCAUUCACCAGUGCACCAUAGCAGUCCGAAGCAUCAGGGAAGUUUUGGUACGUCCUCACCGAAACACAUCUCGGGCGGUGGCUCAGGGGGUGGCAAGCCAAGUAUGUCUGCACUGAAAUCCGCUGCCAGUGGGGGAUCACCAAGUUCUAAGUCAUCUUCCGGUUUCACCGGUGCUAAAGAAGACAUUACUAUCAGCGCUUCAUUAGUAGCUGGCUCGAGUGGGAUUAAACUGGCUGGAAGUGGAGGAGGAUCAUCAACCCAUCGAGAGCGCGAUCGUGACCGCGAUAGGAUUGAUAAGAAAAGUGGACUAUCUGCGAUGUCAGCAUCCAGUCCAAAGUUAAAAACACCAGCAAUUAAGCUGAAACAGUUGGAUUUAUCCAACUGCAACGCCCCUCUGAGCGCCGGUGUCCAGUUGGAACUGAUGAAUAGCAAUAGCAGCGGUGGAAGCAGUGCCGGAAGUGGAAGUAUAGACUUUGCGGACAGUGGACUGUUUGGCGCAGGAGCAACGGAUUUAUCAAAAAACGCCUCAUCGGCGGUUACCUCUUCGGCUGCAGGGAUGUUUCUGCUGCAACAGGCGAUGAAAAAUCGCAAAAGCUCUCUCAGUGCUGUGAUCGACAAACUUAAAUCGGCCCAAGGUGGUGAUGAAAGCUCUCUGCUGUUGCUGCCGGAGUUGGUUCAAGCGGCAAACUUUUCGCUUAAAGAAGCUUCCGGCAAAAGUGGUUCUCCCUCAACGUCAACGGCCAGCACCACUGGUACUUCGGUUUCAAGCCUCCCGAACUCUAUGUCAUCGGCUCCAUCGUCGGCAUCAGCAGCAGCAGCAGCAUCGGCGGCGGCCACAGCAGCCUUGGCAGCUCAUUUAUCCGCCAUGCAAGGCAAAAGUUCGGAAUACAUGGUAAAACCAAGCUCCGAUGGCAUGAAGUUGACGAUUCAGAACAAAAAAGGCUCUAAAAGUCACAGCGGCUCGUACUCCUCUGGCUCUAGCAAAAGCAGUUCGAAAUCAGGCCUCAAACCGGGUGUUACGAGUGGUCCCGUGUCCAAAAAGGUGCACAGCGCUCAAUCGUUCAGCGGAAACUUUCCUUCGGCAUCGUCGGGUUCAGCUAGUGGUCUUAGCAGUGGUCCUGGAAAAUCGUCCAAAGCGCAAUUUCAAAAGUCCAGUUCGUCCGGUUCAUUGUCGAAUCCUGGUGGAAGUGCAAUGAAAACGUCCUAUAGUAGUAAAUCCAGUUCCGGCGGUGGCAGCAGCAGCGGUAGCAAAGAUAAAGGUCGAGGCAGUUCCAAAUCGUCUUCUUCGCUGAUGGCUACGAAUGCUGCAAUGGCUGUUGCCGCAGCGCAAGCUGCCGCCGCUAAUGCCAACGCGUUGAACGUAAUGAAAAUGCUCGGUUUCACGUCUUCUAUCCCGAACAUGGAAGGAUUUGUUAAAACCUUAGAUAAAAAGUUUCAAAUUCCGAAACUAUCAGCGCGAUCAGCUAGUGGUGGUGGGAGCGACCUGGACAAACUAAAAGACUCCCGCCCGGCAUCGUCAUCAGCUCCGAACACGCCCCUGCCAAGUGUAUCGCAAUCUCCAACAGGAAGUCAAGAUUUUUCCCUUCCGUUCAAUAAGCUUCCCGGUGACGUCUCACCCCUCCACUCAUCGAUGCUUCCAAACGUGAUGCAGAAAAUGUUUUCCGCACAUGAUAUGCUGCGCAGAUCACCCAGUCUCGAUCACCAAACUUCGAGCAACAGUCGGGAUGGCUUUUCUUCUUACGGACCAAAAGGAUCUGCGGGAGGGGGUCGAACAACGCCAACCGCUACAAUUCCACCGCCAUUUCCCUCACCGGUCGGAAUCCAAAAUCAUGCAAUGGAUUUUUCCAGUAGCAAUGACUCUGUGGACGCUGGAAUCGGCAGUAAUUUGAUGCGGCCACCAUCUCGGCCUAGCAGCACGAUGUCCAAUCACAGCUCGUCGCAAGAUAGGCUGAUCGAUGCCACCGUUAACAGCAACUCCAUGGACGGGUUGGCGGCUUCCAAUGCAGGAUCGUCUUCACAGGCGCAAGCUCUGGCCGCGGCUGCCGUUGCCGCGCAGUUUAUGAACAAAUUCGACAAUACUCACCAGCUGGUGGCGGCGCUUAAAAAUCACCACUUAGCUGUAGCGGCAGCUGCCGCCGCUGCGUCCGGUUCCGCCGGUCCGGGACCGGUCACCUCACCUGCCUCGGUUUCAGUACACAUUGUCAAAUCACCGGCGCCGAGUCCCUUGCCAUUACACGGAGCCUCCAGCACUGGUAGCGUCGUCGACGAUGAACUUAUGGACGAUGCACUGGUCGGGAUUGGCGGCAAAUGACCGCCAUUGAUUGCGGGUUUGUAAAUAGUGAGAUUAUGAGCGAUCGCGUUAGCAUGAGCAUAUCGAAAACGGUAGAAAAUGCGCACGGAAAACGUUCGCCAUCAGAUGAACCAUUAAUUCUUUUUCAUCGUCAGCAUAUUAAUCGAUAAGAAACUACACGAACCGUUUUUUUAGUUCACUCUAAGGGAUAGCAAAAAUAAAGUUUUCUAUUUUUAAAUUGAUUUAAACGUUACGUUAGUCUAGUUGGAGGUCUCUCCGGAAUGAGGAGUGUAAGUUUCGAUAACCGAAAAAGCGGAGAAAGAAAUGAAGUGAUUAUGAUAGGAAUUAUUUAGCGGGUUAUUAACUAUGGAUAAACAAAACUAUUGUGUCACACGUCCGAAACAAUUAAUUGGGUAGGUCCCUUGGCUAGACCUAUCCAAAGUUUGGAGCUUUUCUCGAACUAACUUUAUUAUGAAUAAAUUCCUUAAUUGAACUUUAUUUGUUAUGUGCAAA